CACACUGCUCUGCUAUUGGCCCGCUCUGAUAACACCUGCGAUUAUCUGCUGUUUUGACUGAAUUAUCACCACCAUACCAUAAUGUCUCACUGUCCGGGUCUAUAAAGUGCGUUUCGUCCUAAUCUCAAGCCUGUUGGUUGUGUGAUGAGGUGGGUUGAGAUAGCAGUGGUCAGCAGCAGAUCUCUCCUCUCGGUAUCAGUGUCAGGAAAACACGCGCAUUUGCUCCAGUGGAGGAGACACGUGUGUGACAGCGGCGCGCGGCAUCACUGCACACUCAUGGCAGAAGAAGCUAAAAAGCUAGCAGCCUAUGCUGCUGUCGACAACCAUAUAAAGAACAAUCAGGUAGUUGGUGUGGGCAGUGGCUCAACUAUUGUCUAUGCUGUGGACAGACUGGCUGAAAAGUUAAGACAGGAAAAGCUGAACAUUGUGUGUGUUCCCACAUCAUUCCAGGCCCGUCAGCUGAUUCUGCAACACGGUCUCACUCUGUCAGAUUUAGACAGACAUCCUGAGCUGGAUGUUGCGAUUGAUGGAGCUGAUGAAGUGGAUGCUGAUUUGACUCUGAUAAAGGGAGGAGGGGGAUGCUUGGCCCAGGAGAAGAUCGUGGCUGGUUGUGCCAAACAUUUCAUUGUCAUAGCAGACUAUAGAAAGGACUCUAAGGCCUUAGGCCAGCAGUGGAAGAAGGGUGUGCCAGUGGAGGUCAUUCCCAUGGCGUAUGUGCCCGUGUCCAGAGCCAUUGCCAGCAGGUUCGGAGGAGAAGCUGUGCUGAGGAUGGCUGUCAGUAAAGCGGGCCCUGUGGUUACUGAUAAUAGUAACUUCAUCCUGGAUUGGAAGUUUGAGAAUCCUCAGAACUGGAAAGAAGUCAACAAGGCCAUCAAGAUGAUCCCAGGUGUGGUUGAGACUGGCUUGUUUGUGGGGAUGGCUGAGAGGGUCUACUUUGGAAUGGAGGAUGGGAGUGUGAAGGUUAGAGACCCUCCGGUCAACUAAGAAGAAACUUUCUCUGCUUAUAUGACAGACCAGCCUGCACACCUCACGUGCCGUUUAGAUACACAGACUCCGGCAGCUCUUUCUCUACGGUUUUACGGUACACAAACCACCACUGUCCUGUAAGAGGCAUCUGAUCAGGACACUUCCCAUAAUCUUAUCGUGGUGUGUACAUGAAAUGUGGCAUUUUAUGCACCAGUGCCACAUUAGCUGGAUCAUUUUUCUCUCAUACUGUCUAAGUCUGUCUAUGAUGAGUCUGCGGUGAUGUUCUGUGUGUUUUUUUGCCUUCUGUACUGCUUUAUGUUGUCAUACUGUACCAUGAAAGUUGUCUUGCAUUGAUGUACUAUGAAUAUUAUGUGUAUUACAUCUGUGCCUCUUUGUCAUAAAGCAUAUAUUUAGAAUAGCUGCUGUUGGCCUUAAAAAUUCAUGCCUUUAAAGUCUGACAGUAGAGCUCACACAAUCACCUUAGUCUGUUCUAUGAGGUUCUUCAAAGUUAUUGUAAUCAUUGAGUCUGGCUUGUUUUGGUAUGUAUUGUCAGAUCUCCUCCGAUGACCAAACACGAGAUCUCAGAUCUUUCUUGUAGCCUUCACCCGUAUACAUUGGUUAGUUUUGUUCAGCUGUCAGACAUUUCAGAGCAUUCAGCAUCUGAACAAACUACACUAUUUGGAGGGAUGAAACUCUUCUCAGCUUUAGGUUUUGAUUUUGUGUCAUUUGUGCCUGUGGCCAUGAAGCAAGUGUUUGUAGGAUGAAAAAGUGUGUUUGCGGCUCAACUGAACUCGAGCAGGCCUUAUUUUUCACAUUUUUGUUAAUGGAGUUUCUCCACAGAGGUCACUGUGAGUUGUGGGUGUCGUAAUACUUUUAAAACCAGCUUAUUGUUUUACUCUCCCAAUUUUACUGUGAUGCUGAAUGGAAAUUUAAAAUGUUGUACUCUGGAUUCUGAAUUCAAUAUUAAAACAGGACCAAACAGUGAA